AUGGCUGCCGACACGACUCAGUGCCGAGUGGCUACUAUCAUUUACGGGGCAUUUGGUAUACCGUUAUUUUUUGCGUUUGUAAAGGAAGAGGGUAACCUUUUUCGAAAUGUGUUCAUAUCUAUCUAUAAUCGUAUUACUGAAUGGCGACGGAAGCACUGUAGAUGCCAUCAUAGAGGGACGGAGAACAACAAUGAAAACCUAUCCACGACUCCAGUCAGCAAGGAAAAUGGUACUGUCAAUAACAACAAUGUGCCACACAAGCCACUCUUGGAUGAAGAUGUUCAAACGAAGAAGGCUCGAUUUGCGCGUAAAUACAGCACUGCCUCUUUACUAGGUAGGUUUAAAUAAAA